AUGGAUGAUCAUUUUCCUGAGUUUCUUAUUAACCAAACAGAUAGUUAUGCCAACAAAAACAUUCAGCACAGGCCAAACGAUAACAAAAUGCCUUGGAGUAUCCCAACUUUACCGGAAAUAAAAUCAUGUCUUUGUCUAAACUACCAAAUGGGAAUAAAUCACAAACCAUCUACUAAGUUAUAUUGGUCAACCGAUCCAGUUAUGGUCACCCCAAUAUUUUCAUCAACAAUGACCAGAGACAGAUACACCCAGAUAUUGCGGUACCUCCAUUUCUCUAACGUUGCAAAUGAACCUAGACAAGGAGAACCAAAUUAUGAUCCUUUAUAUAAAAUUAAACCUGUAGUUAACCAUUUAAAUAAUAAAUUUGGUUUGGAAUAUAUACCAAAAAGAAAUGUCACCAUUGACGAGUGUAUGGUACCUUUCAAAGGGAGAACAUUAUUGAAACAAUACUUACCAAGUAAACCAAAUGAAUGGGGCGUAAAGGUUUGGAUGCUGGCAGAAUCUGCCAGCAGCUACAUACAAUAUAUAGAUGUGUAUCCAGGUAGAACAGAUGGAAAUCUGGGUUCUUCGGUGGUAAAGAAUUGUUUAGAAGGUGCAAAUAUUGCAGAGUUGUGGGAGAAUUAUGACACAGCUGCAUGUGGAACAGUUCGUAACACUAGGACAGGUCUGCCAAAAGAUAUCAUGUGUAAAAAGCCAGUUACUGUUGUAACUCGUGGAGACCAUCAAUUCAGGCAAAAAGGUGCUUUGUUUAUAGCGGUGUCUUGGAAGGACAAAAAAACUGCAAUACACAAUGAAAGCAUUGGUCAAGUUACUCGUUCAGUAAAAGUUGACGGCCAAUUUGCAAGACAGGAGUUUAAUUGCCCAUCUGCUAUUGUUGACUACACUUCUAAUAUGGGUGGUGUUGACAAAGCAGAUCAAUAUAUUGUUAUCACCAGAAAACCUUAA